AUGAAGUACGCCGCCAUCGCUUCCCUGUUCGUCGCUAUCGUCGCUGCCGAGACGGUCGACCAACUCGUCGCAGAGAUUCCUACCUGCGCCGUCAACUGUAUCCGCGACGCAGCACAGUCGGUCAACUGCGACAUCCAGGACUUUGCCUGCUCGUGCUCGAAGAUCACGCAGCUGACUCCCGCCGUCGUCUCCUGCCUCGCCACAUCCGGUUGCAGCUCGACGGACCAAGCCAAGGUCUUCCAGCUCACGCCUCAAAUCUGCUCUCAAGUCGGUGAGAGCAACGAGGUCUCGGGCGCCGUCACCGCCGCCACCGCCGCCCCCACCACCACCGGCACCGCUACGGGUGCCGCCGUCACCUCCACCACGUCGCCCGGCGCCGCCGCCGGCAGAAUGCAGGCUGCUGGGUGGGCCGGUGCCAUCGCCGCCGCCGCUGCCUUUGCCCUUUAA